AGAUGAAAUGCAGCUUUUUGGUCCCAGUAUUGCAGAUGGAGUGCAUAAGCGAUGGUGCCGUUUCAUGAUACAUCGAUAUCUUGGUCAACUCUUGGAGCAAAGUCUGGCGUUAGAUCAACUUUCUGUUGAACUUUGUGCCGGAAAGCUUGCUGUAAAUGAAGUAAAGAUUAAUACUCAAUAUGUGAAUGAGUUCUUGACAUCACUGAAUGUGCCACUAACACUUUCCGAUGGAUUUGUUGGGCGGAUCACGAUCGAAGUACCAUGGCUUUCGCUGCUCUCAGAACCUAGCAGAGUGAAGCUUCAUCAGUUGGAGUUGACAUUGGAGUCAAAGGAAGACGUCUUACACAAUAAUGAAACACUAAAUUCAUCAGUGUUUGAGAGCAUCGUGGAUUCGAUUCCUUCAUCUGACGAUCUAGCUAGGAGUUUCUACGAAAGUGUGAUAGAGGGUCCAGACGCUUUUGCUGUAACGAAAGACGGAGUCAAAGCAGUUGCAGAAAUCAUCGAAGCCGUUAUUUCGCGGGUCGGUAUAGAAUUGACUGAAUCGACUUUACGGCUAGAAAGCUCUACAAAGUCUGAUGCUCGUCUACGUACAGCUGUUGAAGUUCGCUUGAAGAACAUUCGCUUUAUGAAGGGGUUACAUGGUCAAAAUGGAAGCAGUGUGGACACGUCGACUCUUUCGAAUGAAAGAGAAAUUGUAGAUCGCAAGUGCAUCGAUAUGUCUGGGGUCGAGUUUUUCACAGAUGUCUACACUGCAACUGAAGACCGACUAAAUGAUCAAAACUCAUGUUGUGGAGGUGAACAAAAGCCAACAAAUUACUACGGGUCACCGUCAUCAUCCUCUGCUGACUUCCACUCAUGCUCUUCUUCUUCCAACGCGCAGAUCAACCAAACUCGGAAUGAGUGUCGGGGCGUUGAAAAAGGCAGUGAUCAGGAACUGAUGUCCAAACCAGUGAAAUUUGCGGAGUUUGUCGGCGAGUCCCACAUGACCUUUUGCACACGAAUGUCCAGUGUUUUAGCGAACAAGAAGGACAAGAAAUCCGAAGUUGAGCUAUUUUGCAAGGGUUUCCACUGCUUCAUUUCACCGUCACAGAUUGAAAUUCUCAAAGGAUUUCUCUCGUCGAUUGCGCUUUGCGAAGCAGGGAGAUCGGACAGCUGUGGUAGAAAAAUGGACAGAAACGAUUACGAUGCGAUGACAAAGAAUGUAGAACAAGGUUUCCAAAGAACAAGAUUAACUACUCCUAUGCGGUUAGAAGAAACGGGAAGAGAACGAGAAGAAUUCCAAGGAAUGGUCUCGAUAAACCUCGAACAUGAUACAGCGUUAAGAAAAUUCAGCAGUAUUCACAGCAUACUCGAAGCAGAGGAUGCUGCAAAGGCGUCUAUCUCGCUGAAAGUUGAGCUUGAGACGGUGUUGGUGUACAUCCCACACAGUGAUAUCCUGUCGCUGGAAUAUGUGAAACCUCUUGCUAAUGGUUAUCACGAAGCUCUAGAUCACAUCAGUAAGGAAGCCGAAACAUUUUUCACCAAAUCUGCUGAAAUUUCUUUGAAGUGUUGUAUUCUGACUACAGCUAGAAGUAUGUUGGAUGACUUGUAUCCCAAAGACCAUCUCAGAGUUGUUGGAUCCUCCGUAGUAUUCACUUAUCAGGCAGGCAACGCUGAUUCUGAGGGGCUUAUGUGUGCAAAAAUAGUAUUCUCGAAUGUGGAUGCCGUAGAGUUUCUUACAGCAGAAUCUAAUCCAGUUGACGGAGAGAAUAAACAUAUAACACUUCUUGACUUUUCCGACAUUGUUGUUCACGAUCCGGAGCCACAACUCAAGAUUGUCAUUGAAACCAUAUCGGAUAUGGUUGACAAAUCCAAUAUCAUUAUUUGUAUCAGAAAGUGCCACUGUGAGUUGGAUCCUAGUUUUGUGGAACGAAUCGCUGAUUUGCUUGCGCCACGACCAUUCUUCUACUCCCUCUUGGAACGACCAUCGAAUUCCAAAUUUGCUGUUAGAGUUGAGUCUCCACAACUUUGCAAGAAUUAUCUCAAUGCGUACACCAUCCAAUUAAGGGAAUCUAAGCUUACUGUCAAAUGCGCUGAAUUUAAGCUCUCUCUGAGGAUUCCGAUGGUAGACUUGCCUUCCAUUGGAGCUAAGACAACGUUUCGGCAGCGUCGUGUACAUACUGAAUACAUAGAUUUGCUGAUCACCUCGCCCGUAGUAGAAGUAGCGCUUGGCGAUGAAACCGCUACAAUAGAGCUCUUCGCAGCUGAGGUUCAGGGAAGCUUUUGCGGAAUCUCGAAUAAACUUACCUGUUGCCAAAUUUGUCAAUUUCUUUGGAUGGGUCAGUCAGCCAAUGAACCGCUACACAUAAAGUUAGACUACGAUCCUCGCAAUAAAGCCCUAUCGUGUGGUACAGAGAUUUGUCAUGCUUCCGGUACUGAUCUCAAUGAUGUUUUGGAUAACAGCUUGUCUUCUUCACUCAUUACUACCGUACCCCGCAGAGAGGGUCCAUUUACCCAUGCUCAUCAUUCGUCCUUCCAUGGACAGGCUGUCAUAGCCGGCUCAAGAGAAGAGAUGAGGGCAUUUGGAGCUGAGUGCACUUUUCAGUCUAAGCUGGCCAUAACUCUCAACAUUCCACUUCUGCGCGUGUUCAUAUCAAAUCAUGAAUUUCUCGAAUUGCUAUACAAUCGACUUGUCAAUGGACUUCUAUUAUGGCAACCAGCUGCUCGUGUUACUGCGCUGGGUCCAGAAGACUUUUUGGUAAAUGUAUUUAGUGAUAAAGUGUCGAAGAGAGAUCAAUAUGGUGAUAAUCCGAAGGAAACAGUAGGCGACCUUGAGGAAGAACUCGAUCCGUUGAUAUUCUCGGAUAUCUUUGUGAGAAGUAAAGCUCAUUUGCUGAGCCUGACUCUGAAUUUGAGGAGAGCAUCUGUCAUGUGUUUUGCUGAGGCAAAGGAAGGAGAUGGCAAAGGCGUGUCUGCGAAUAUGACAGAUGCACAGUUCUUCUUUGUGGGUGGCUAUCACGGGAAGAUGAGUGAUUCCUACGCUUACUAUACCGCUCAUACCUUCGCUAUUGGAGACAGAAGAGUAGAUUCAGUGCCUAGAGUGUUCAGUUCCAAUUUUGGCGAAUGGAACAGUGACGAGAUACAUGUGUACUCUAUCCCAGCCGACGAUAAAUUCUCGUCGCGGAGUGACGAGGAUGCAGUUGGUGUGGCCAUGCAUCUUCAUGAAUUACCUGAUCGAGUUACCAAAGAUUUGCUGCUAGCUAUCGCGCUGCGAAACAUCUGCUUACAAAUCCGUCCUUUCCAAAAUCCGGAGAAAACGUGGUUGCUAUGUUUGGCUCAUUUCUUCAACCUCCAGAACGAUCCCAGUCCCGGUAUCGAGCCUUAUGCUGUGAAGACUGAACUACAUAUACAUCUAGACAAUGUUGUUUUGGCUUACGAUCAUGCAUGGACGAAACGUGAUAGUAACGUUCGGCUGAGGUUAGUUAUCGGAGAGGCUGACAUCAACAGCGCCAUUGCUCAGGAUAUGGAUUUGGCCAAGAUCACUAGCUCUCUUGAAAACGUUGGAGUCUUCAUCAGCAACAAUAGAAAGGUGAGCAGCAGUGUUCGCUGCGAAGAGCAGCCCUUCGGAAACGCCUGUAUUUGUGCGUCCAAUAAGGAAUAUCUUAAAGUUGUAGAUGUUGGAAUUCUUCGAUUUGAGUGUAUAUACCCCUGCAGCCUUUCUGUCGAACCAGAGGACAAAACUCCACCUCUCGAGAUUCGUUGUCUGAAUGGCACUAUUGAGGCUUGGAUACGUGCCGAUACAUUGGCAGCCAUGCUCAACAUAGCCACAGAAAUCAGUGAUUCUCAAGGAUACGCUGCAUACACAAAUGAAGGGUAUCGUGAACAUCACUCAGGCGAUACCUGUGAUGCUACGAAUAACUACCGUAAUGAUUCUCACUCCAGUUUGGCGAAGGAAUCAAAAAGACGCCUGCUUGUCUCUGCCAUGAAAGAGAGUGUAGCAUGUGGUUGUCGAUACAGUACUUCUGCUGCAACAGCGGAACACUUUGCUGAUCCAUCAUUAGAUUCGCCGUGGCCUGGUUGCGCUCGCGCGUAUCCUCAAGAUGAUGAAUUCUGCGUACUAGACAGUGAAGUUAGCACCAUCAAAUCUGUCAGCAAAUCGUAUAUAAAGUACAUAGGCACACGAGCGCAUCCAGACAUUAUAAUAGACAUAGAUUAUCAGCAUUUUCCUUUUCCAAGAGAUUGUGACGAAUGUGCUGCUUUAUUGACUAAUUCUUCGACUCCUACGAUAAGGUAUCUAAUUCGCGACAUUUCCAUCAAUCUACAUCUGUGUGCUGAGUCUGUUGAGGACGCGAACCUACUGAAAAACUGCCGCAGAUGCAGUGAGCAUCGUGAGCGCCUGAUCAAGAAUCAAGCAGACGGUGACGGGCAUGGCAAAUCCCGUAAUCAUCCUGCUUGCCUUGUUCUGCAGCUGAGCAAGAUCACAUAUGUUCAUCAAUUCUUCUGCGAAAAAGCACCAUUCAAGUCUAUGAUGCUUUUAACUAUUCAUGACAUGACUUUGCUUGAUACGCUAACUCCCGGUAAAUUCAAGAAAGUGUUGUAUCAGUACUUAGCUGCACAGCGGCCUCGAGGAACAUGUGCACCCAUGCUGGCAGUAAGAAAGAUCGAGUCUCAGAAAUGUGAAGGAAAGAUGAGGGUUUCGAUGCUACCCAUAAAGCUCAACGUCGAUCAAGAUACAAUAGAUUUUCUGAACAGUUUUCUGCAAGAAGUGGCAGAGUCGUCGGCUGACGCGGAAUGCAAGCUCAAAUCUGGUACGGAUCGAGACACCACAUUUUUUAAAGAAUUCAUUUUUUCUCCACCUGUACCGAUUUACGUUGACUAUCACGGAAAGAACAGAGUCAACAUGGAGAAAGAUGGAGCAGUAGUUGGUGUAAUAGCCGGAUUCGGGCACUUGCAUCAGGCAGAAUUUGAGCUAAAUGAAAUUGUAUACAGAAAUGGACUUUUGGGAGUUGGCCGCUGCUUCAGCGUAGCCGUGGAGGAAUGGCUGUCUAACAUCAAAGUUUUCCCAAACAUUCUAGCCAGUUUUGGUCCGAUUAGACCCGUCUAUCAAAUUGGGAAAGCUGUUGCGGAUCUUUUCUUGUUUCCUGCUGCAGAACUACGGAAGCAGGACGGUAACCUUAUAAAAGGAAUCCAGAAGGGGUUUGGUUCAUUUGGUCAGUCAACUGCAGCUGGCGUGGUUGUUGUGGCACAGACAUUUCUUGGAGUGGUCCAGGCACUCGCUCGGUCAGCGUACUAGAAGCGGCAACCCUGAUUAAUCACAAAGCGGCUGUAGAGCCAUGGCUGUCAGAUCGGAUGCAUCUAUCACUCUUCGCCAUAGAUGCCCUGCGUGGACCUGUAGCGCUACUGCUUGUUUCUUCCAACAAGAAAAUCUACUAG